GAAAUAUUAUAAAACCUACCAAAUGGAAUUCGUAGAAUAGUACGGAAAAGAGUUUUUAUUUUAUGGGAAAACUCCGCACGCAGAUUUAUACGAAUAAGUUAUUUUAAAAGAUUUUUAAGGAAUAAACGAGUGGUUGUGGUUAAAUCAAAUCAUUAAAAUUUUAUCAAGAAAAAGUAAACAAAAGAAGUAAUUUGAAUACACGAGUGGUGGUGGUUAAAUUCGUGAUUAAAAUUUUAUCGAUAAAAAGUAAAAAAGGGAUUUGAAUAUGUCGGGUGCAAAUCUUAAUGUUGAUGCCCGAAGGGAUUCUUUUGCUUCUUUGGAACACGGGUUGGACAUAAAAUACAUGUCGGAAAUAUAUUUGGAUACUACCAGUAUAAUAAACAGGAACUCGCCAAAUUUUUCGCUUGCAUCUACCUUGAAUGCAUUUACACCAUCGCCACUAUUUCCAUCAACUAGAACUUCCACUGCCGAUUCCCCAAUGUCAAUCAGCCAGACUCGAACUGAAAGUUGUGGAUACUUCAAUGGCAAAAAUGAGGAUUUUAAUAUUAAAGCACCACUUCUAUCUUCACAAGAUAUCAAUGUAAAGCAAGAACAUUUAGCUCAUCAAAGUCAUCCACAAAUAUAUUCCGAAGCUAUUUUAAAUCAAAAGCACCACAAAAACGAAAUAUCCAAAUCUCUGAAAAUGUUUGCUAUGUUGGCGUCUUAUAAGUAUGGAAAUGAUUCGUCAGGCAGAGAGUCUCCAGUGUGUGACAUAAUGGAUGAUUUUUAUUGUAAUGGAUAUGUAACAGACGAUUCGAAUUCAUUUGAAGAAGAAAACACUUUAAAAGGAACAUCGCAUCUAGAGUCACAAUAUAGUUGUAAUAAAUUGUUCUGCAAUGAUAUUAGUAGUCAAUACAAUUGGAGUUUUAAUAAUGCAAAUUAUGAAACUUACAACAAAGGUGUAAUGAAUCCAAGUACUAACAAAAACAAAGUUUCUGUGAAACAUUAUUUUGAUCCAAAUUUAUGGAUGAUGCGAUUGACUGCUCCGUCACAAUAUUAUAACAGCGGCGUCACAGCGGAGAGUCAACAGAUACAUACAUCAACUACUUUAGUAGCGGAUACCGGCACUGCUGCAACUGCGGUUGCUGCUGCCAACAUCGCCUACAAUAGUCAAAAUCUUAAGAAAAGUCAGAAAAGAUUUGGCGGUGCGAAAUUGGAUAAAUUUUCUGCAGUAAAACAUUGUGUAUUCUGCGAAAAUAACAAUGAACCAGAAGCUGUGGUGAAGAGUCAUGCAGUACGCGAUUCUCUGGGGCGUGUCCUUUGCCCAAAAUUACGGACAUACAUAUGCCCGAUUUGUAGGGCUUCUGGAGAUAAAGCGCAUACCGUUAAAUAUUGUCCUCAAAAGCCGAUUAUUACAAUGGAAGAUGCAGUUAGGGCAGAAUCCUUACGUUUAUCGAAAAACUUGUAUUUUAAACAAGGAAUGAAAGUAUAGAAAAAAAUCAUUAUUUUAGAAAUUUUUUAGAUAGUUUAAGAUCAUUAACUUAUAUUUACACUUUAAAUUAAAAUGAAGAACACAUAUAAAAGCUAUCUUCUCUACCGAGAAGCCUUUAAUUUUAUUACCGCGUGAAGUGUAUUCGAUUUUAAUAAUUAUAGUAAGACAUUCAGAAUAAUAUACAAUAUGUAUAUGUAAUGUUGAGUUAAAGUUAAGUUUACAUUAGAAAGUAAAUUCACAAGAAUCCUCAACUUAUUUAUGAAAUUACGAUAUUAUAGUAAAACUAUUUCAGUUAAUUUUUUUUUUUAAUAUGUGAAAAUGUUAAUAAUCGUUAUUAGAACUUGAAUAUAUAAUUCAUAAUUUAAGUAAUAACGAUUGAAUAUGCUCGGUAAAACUGUGCGUACGUUUAAGUUAUAUUCUUCAACUUCUUUUUUUUUGUUAAAGAAUUCUGGUGGUUUUUAAUUGAAUUAAAAACUGUAAAAUACAGAGAUUGAUUCUUUUGUAUAAACGCAUGGAAGUUUAAUAUCUGAAGUACUUUUUUCUCGAUUAUAUUCUGAAAUUUUGACUGAGUUUUGUUUUAUUUAAACAUUCAAACAGCUUUGGCGCCUUAUAUAAUGACACUAUAAAGUGAUGGCACUAUAGAAUGAAAAAGUAUGUAUGUUAAUAAUUGAAUGUGAAAUUAUGUUACAUUAAUAUAUAUAUAUAUAUGUAAUUAAAUGAAAUAAAAAAGUGUAUAAAACAAUUAUA